AUGCCUCUUUGCCCGCCGCGAGAUGUCGACGGCCCCAGAUCGACACCGCUCCCACCGGGCGGCGGGCAGACUCUCGAUACUUGGCGCGUUGCGACGGGUGGUGAUGCCCAGCCCCCAGAGUUUGGGGGCAAAGACGCUGUUAAGGAUGCCCGGCCGACUUUGCCGGCCACACACACCUACGCCCAAUGUCGCAAGACUAUCCACAGUACCGGAACACGCUUCGGCACCGACACAGAAUACAACAGCGGGCCGAAGGGGGGCCCGAGGCGCUUCAGUCAGGUCGGGGCGGGCAACGACGAGGCAGACGCGCACAACCGCUGGAGGGGAUUGCCGCCGGCAUCGUCAUGGGCUCUGGUCGUUAAGGGCGCCACAGGAAGCACAUCUGUGCAAAACAAGCCGGGCGAUGCGCAUUGUGCCGAUCACUUGAAGUUUAUGAAGAUUCCAUGGCUGUGGAUCGCGCAAUCAACACGCAUAACGUAA